GGACAUGGAGCGGAUUUUUGCUUUAAAUGUUUUCGGGUUCCUGGUCAUCUCCAGUGGAUCCCAGAACAUCACAAGGCCUACGUACCUGAUCACAGCUCCGGAGGUCCUGCACCCUGGGGUUCCGGUCGUGCUGUCGGUCUCGGUGUUUACCCAGUCCCCCAUCAGAGUGACUGCUGAAAUUUUCAAUGGCCAUACCAGAAUUCUUAGUGCUAACGCAAGUCACCCUUUUAUGUUGGAAGUAAAGGGGUAUGUGAAAGAAAGAGAGGUGCUCAACAACAGAACAGUACUUGAGUUCAGGCCCAGGAGAUCAGCCACCUUCAUUCAGACAGACAAGUCCAACUACAAGCCUGGACAGGUGGUGAAAAUCAGGGUUGUGUCCAUUUACCCGGAUGGUAAACCGAACAAGAGCAAGGUUAACGUUGUCAUUAAGGAUCCCAAGGGACACAUGAUCCAGCGGUGGCUAUCGUUGGAGAGUUUUCUAGGCGUCGUAUCCAAAGAGUUUCAGUUGUCUGAAAAUCCACCCCUUGGCAUGUGGACUAUCGAGGCUUCGACCAUUUUCUUCCUGUGUUUCAAAUACACUUACGGAAAGCCGGUAAGAGGUAUUUUCACUCUACUGAUAGAAUCGGAAUACUUCAGCAUGUACAAGACCAGCAAUAAAAGUAAGGAGAUCAAUGGUUCAGCUGAUUUUGAGUUCACCAAGAGUGACUUUAACCUUUCUAGUGAAAACAGCUACAAUGAAGUUAUUCUUCAUAUCACGGCAUGCGUCACAGAGUCCUUAACAGGGUUAAAAUCUAAUGCAUCGGUUGAAGUGAUGGUUGUCCAAAAUAAAUAUAAUCUCAUGUUUUAUGGAUAUUCCCACCAACUAAAGCCAUCAUUAAACUUCUCAGCCUACUUAAAGAUAUCCACAUACAACAUGAAGCCCCUGACACUGACGGAUCAGAUGAAGAAUGUGACGUUGACCAUCACUCAGAAUAAAUACUCUGAGGCUUGGGACUAUUGGCUGCUCUACCAGAAUCAGGAAUUCAACAUCUCCUUCAGUGAUAACCAAAGCGCUGUGGAAAACAGAGCAAAAUCUCUGUUUCCAAGCAAAAACAUGUUCACCCAGACCAUAAGCCUUCCUGUACCUGUGGAUGGGAUCGUGCCCAUCCAGUUUCAGCUCCUGGAUUAUGUGCAGUUUCUCUCUAUUAAGGCAUUUUUUGAAAACAGUCAUGAGUUCUUGUGGUUGUCCACCAACUACUUCUCCACAAGUAAUUCUUACCUCCAGCUGCGUAGAGCCAGUUUUCCUCAGCAGGGAAGUGAUGCUCAUUGGUAUGGUGCUCAGGAAAUUCCUGCCCAAGUGGGAGUUCCUCUUCCCUUGAUUGCACACAGCAAUUUUCCAUUGACAGAGCUUCAUUACUUGGUUAAGUCUCGAGGUCAAGUGGUGGCUGCUGGGAAAGAGACCUCAGCCUCCUUCUCUCUGAACCCUGAAGAUGAUUGGACUCCCCUGGCUUCUAUUAUUGUGUACACCAUCCACACCACUGGAGAGGUUGUGAGCGAUGUCCUGCAGGUUCCAAUCUCCAAGGCCUUGAAGAACAAUGUGUCUCUCAGCUGGAGCCAGGCAAGAGCCAAACCAGCAGAAAAGGUCGAGCUCAAAGUGUCUGUGUCAGAACCCGGGUCCCUGGUGGGCGUCCUGGUGGUUGAUAAAGCAGCACAGUUAGCCAAGCCCAACAAUGGCAUCGACAUGGAUGAGGUUUUGGAGAAACUGAUGGAAUUCAGCACUGAGAAGGUCGACUUUCGUUAUACCGAAAUGGAUGACGAUGCCUUCUCCAUUUUCACGAAGUGUAACCUCAAGGUUCUAACAGACACUGUGUCAGUCAGAGUACUGCCUCUAUACCAACAUAUGUAUCUAGGGCUGGGAAAUGAACUUGCUACAAUGAUGAGAGAAGACAAGCAGGAGCAAGAGCCACAGGUGCGCCGGGACUUCCCAGAGACCUGGCUGUGGUUGGAUGCCAAUAUGAGUGAAUCCACGACAAAACAUCUCUCUCUAACAGCCCCAGACAGCAUCACUUCCUGGAUAGCGACUGCAUUUGUAAUGUCAGAUAAUCUGGGUUUGGGGCUCAUUGAAACCCCUUCAAAGCUCACAGUUUUCCAGAACUUCUUUAUUUCUCUCAAUCUUCCUGCUUACAUCAUCCGGGGCGAACAGCUGGUUCUGGAGGUCAACCUUUUCAACUACUUGGACAGGAAACUUGAGGUCACAGUGAUUGUUGUACAGAACAGUUCAUUUGAGUUUGUCUUGGAAAAACAAGUGUUUGGAUCCAAUAUGCGAACAGUUUUUGUUGAGCGUCAGGACUCUGCCUCUGUCCUCUUCCCAAUAAGACCAAAGGUUCUCGGAGAGAUUUCCAUAUCUGUAAAAGCAGUCUCCAAUAUUGCCUCUGAUGCCAUCAUCAGGAAGGUCCUGGUCAAGCCUGAAGGAGUUGAGCAGACAUUCACCAAGACUCUGUUUCUGGAGUUGGCACCAUCAAGUAAUGCUCUCUAUCAAGAGAUCAUGUUCACCUUCCCCGAAGAUGUGGUGGAGGGCAGUGAGAGGGCUCAUGUGACCGUGGUUGGUGACGUGCUGGGCCAGUCAAUCAAAGGCCUGGAAUCACUCAUCCAGGUGCCCUAUGGCUGCGGUGAGCAGAACAUGAUUAACUUCGCCCCCAACGUCUACGUGCUGCAGUAUUUGACCAGAUCCGGUCGAAUGAUGGAUAAAAUUCGCCAGAAAGCAAUAUUACUCAUGCUGAAAGGCUACCAACAGGAGCUGACUUACCAGAGGAUGGAUGGCUCAUUUAGUGCUUUUGGAAACUUAGAUUCUUCUGGAAGCACCUGGCUGUCUGCAUUCGUGCUGAGGUGCUUUCUGCAGUCCCGCCCGUUCAUCACUGUGGAGCAGACCGUGUUGACCUCCACGGCCAACUGGCUCGUCCAGCAACAGAACCACGAUGGGAGCUUCAAGGAGCCCGGGACGGUGAUUCAUACAGAGCUACAAGGCGGCCUGGACGGCCCGGUCUCUCUCACUGCCUAUGUGCUCAUGGCACUGCUGGAGGACCCUGCUUACACGAAUGUUUACUCGACUCAGGUGUCUGGUGCAGUGACAUUCCUCGAGAACAACGUGACUCUGGAGACCUGCACUAACUACAGCCUAAGUCUGGUGGCCUACGCUCUGUCCUUGGCCAACAGCUCCAAGGCUAAAACAGCUCUGUCUGAGCUGGUAAGAAGAGCAGACGUUCAAGAUGGUGUCAUGUCCUGGAGAACUCCAGGUGUGGGGCUGGUCCACCACUGGCAGGCACGGUCCACGGACAUCGAGACGGCUGCAUAUGUGUUGUUGGCUAUGUUCACCCAAGGCAUGGUGGUGGAGGGACUCUCACUCAUGAAGUGGCUCUGUCGACAGCAGAACCACCUGGGAGGGUAUGGAUCCACUCAGGACACAAUAAUUGCUCUCCAGGCGCUGUCAUGCUAUGCAGCCCUGAGUGGGGCUGAUGCCAUUGACCUCAGGAUUACCGUGAACACAACAGCCUCACGCAAUGAGACAGGCUUCCAGGUUGACUCCAACAACUACUUGCUGCUCCAGAGUCAAAAGAUCAAAACUGGAAGAAAUAUGCGCGUGGGAGUCUUAAUGGUCGGCCGAGGAUUUGUUCUGUUUCAGCUGAAUGUGUUUUACAACCUGAAUGGUCAAGGGUUGUCACGGCAACGCCGAAGCACUCCAGGAAGUGAGGCCUUCAGUUUGGAUAUUGAAGUUAUGGCUGAUGAUGCUGACCAUCUCAACAUCUCUGCUUGUGCCAGGCUGUUGGAAAACCAGAUAAUUUCCCAGACGGGCAUGGUGUUGAUCGAGGUUGGCCUGCUCAGUGGUUUUACUCCACGUGCUGAAGGGAUUGAAACCAACGACCUGGUCCGAAAAGUAGAAACACCCCAAGGAAAAGUCGUCAUUUACCUGGAAUCAGUGAACACCUCUGAAGUGUGUGUAACAAUUCCAACAAUGAGGAGCUUCAAAGUGUCCGGUGUACAAGAUGCCACGGUCCUCAUCUAUGACUACUAUGACCCUCAGAGGAAGGCGAGGAGGACCUACAACUCGGAGCUGUUGCGCAGCAUCCCCGUCUGCUCCUUCUGCGGUCCUGAGUGCCGCUCGUGUAGAGCAACUCCAGUGAUCAGCAGUGGUGCAUCACUAACAGCCUCUCAGCAGCAUGUAUGCGGUCAUCUGCUGGUCCUGCCCCUCCUCUUCCUGUCCCUCCUACUAAUACAGAGCGGUGUUUUUCGCUGAAACAUCAUUUAGCCUGAUGGAACAUAAUACUUUGGCAUGACGUUGUCUGUCAGCACUGUGUCCCA